AUGAAAUGGUUAAUAAUUAGAUUGAUUAUCACAGUCUCUAUUCCGAUUAUUGUUGGAGUAGCUAUUGUUUUGUUGAUAUUUUAUAAGAGUUUGUGGAAUGCCCUCUACUAAUGGGAAGAUGAAAGCUUGAAAUGGAUAAAUUAAAAUUAAUAAUAGAUUUUACAUAACUCUGCCUAUUCUCAAUAGCUAAUUGAAACUUAUAGCUUCAAUUAACUACAACUGCAUUUAGUAGUUAUCAACAGUAUCAUUUUAAAAUAUUAUGGGUCUGAAUUAAAAAUAAAUCCAAACGCAAAGUUUCUUAAAUGUUCGUAUAGAGAAUUAAUAUUUGAUGAGUGUCCAUAAGAUGUUUACACAAAGCUCAACUAAAGUAUCUUUUAUGUGGAUUUAUACUACAUAAGAGAAGGAUUUAACUUUAAUAAACUGACUACCCUUUAAUAAGAAUUUAUAGUUAUGAACGAGUUUAUUUCAUAUUAUGGAAGAGCUGCUAUAAUAGCUUCUAUUUCUGAAGAACGUUUGAAAAUAUAGACUCUCUACAACGCGGAUACAACAUCAAUUAUGGCUCAUUAACCAUCAAGGUAUUAAAAUUUUACAGCUUCAACCUAUCAGACUUGCUUAGGUACUGAUUUUAUUGAACCUUACGAUCCAAGAUGUAGAUCAUGGUACAAGUAUGCUAAAUAGCAUGAAGGAUAUUUUUUUUAUGAGCCUUACUUGGAUGCUAUAGAGGGAAACUUAGAAAUGACUCUUUCAUCACAAAUUAAAUAUAAUUCAGAAUUUACUUCUGUUAGUAGUAUAGAUUAUGAAAUGAAUUCUAUGAUUGAUUUAUUUAAAAAUACUCAAAGCUAAAAUGCAUACUCUGUCCUUUUUCAUGAAUUCAACAAUACAAUAUUUUAUCAUCCUUUACUUAAUGCAUCAGAUGUAAUAUCGUGGGGAGACUUAGAGUUUUAGAAUAUAACUGAUAAUUGCAAUGAGGCUUAAGCUUUAGAAGCUUGUAUGAUAGAAAAAUAGGAGUUUGUUUAAUAAUUAAAUAGUACAGUCAAUUUUAUACAAACAUCAAAUUAUUCUAUUUAGUAACAGAUUAAUACAGAUGGUUUAUAUCAAUAUUGGUCAAGAUAUGGAGUUGAUUUGAGUUAAAUAACUAAAUAUCCUACAUAAUAACCUUAUUCAUUCUCUAUCAUUCUUACUGCUAGAGUAUUAGUUGAUCAAAGUAGUUCAUUGAAGCUAUUUAAUCUUUUAAAUGCAAAUUCAAUUAAGAUUCCUCUUUUAAUUGAGUUUAUUGUAUUGAGUGGAUUAAUUGUUGUUUUUCUUGUAAACUAUGGGCAUUUUUAAAUUUACUAAAUUUAAUACCCAAUCGAGUUGUUAAUAAUAUUUUUGUAAAAAAGUUUAAUGGAAUAACAAUAAUUCUAAAAUCCCAUUAAUUUUAAAAGUGAAGGAAAUGAAAAAGAAAAAUCUAAUAAUUAAAUUAAUAAAUAUUUAAAUACUGGUAAUUCACCGAAUUUAAAUAAAAGCCAAAGUAAAAUUAAUAGCAGUUAAGUUAAAAGCUAGAUAGCACUUUAAGAUUAAUCAAUAAUAAAUAUUAGUUUCUUUUAAAAUAAAACAAAAUAACUUUUUAGUUUUUAAUAAUAUGACAAGUCAACUGCAUAAUUAGAUUAAUCUAACUUAAGGGAAAAGACUUAAAAUUAAGAUGAGAUUCUAGAAAUUUCAAGUAGAAUAUUCUAAAAUUAAAAGAGAGAUUUUUUAAAUGAGAGUAAAAUAAUGACAAAAUAAGCUAAUAAUAAUAAUAAUAAUAACAGUAUUAAAAAAAACAAUAAUUCAAAUAGAAUACCCUUAGAAAAUUCUUCUAAUAAAUCUUAAAAUAGAUUAAUCAACUAAUCAGUAACGGAUUCUUAUCUUAUCUAACGAUCAACAAAUAUCACUAGAGUAACGAAUGAUUUCGAUAUCUUAUCUGAUAUAGAAUAAAUUGAAGAAAAAGAAAAUGGAUAAUCUAAAAUCCUUUCUGGAUUAAAACCUCUCUUCCUUGAAAUGAAAAUUAUCAAAAAGACAUUUUAAAUGCUUGAAGGGGUAAUCAAUUACUAGAUUUAAGCAUAUUCUAAUGAUUAAUAGGAUGCAAUUUAAACUCUUUUCCAUUUUUCUAAGGCUAAAAGUACAUUUUAAAAUCUUCAAAAUUAAACAGGACUAAGUCGAUGCUACUUUAAUUUAGGCAUCAUUUAUCUUUUGAAAAAUGAAUAUGAAUAAUCAUGUGAAUAUUUUGAGGCAUCAAUCAUGCAAAGCCUAUAAUUCAUAGGAUUAGAGUCUUUGGAUUAGAUUAACGAAAAUAUGUUUAUAAAUAUUUAAAAUGAUUAAAAAGAUUAGCUAUUUAUAUUCUGCAUUAUUGAAAAAUAAAAUAAAAAUUAUAAAUAGGCUAUUGAAUAUUUCACUUAAAGUCUAGAAUAUGGAACACAUUUUAAUCCUUAGUUGAGAUAAUAAGUUAUUGUAAACUUAAAAUACUUAUUUAAUAAGCUUUGUAUUUAAUAAAACGUUAUUGAUGAGCAAUUUGAUAAGUUUGAUUGUGAUACUCCAAUAGAUUUGGUAUAUGUAAUUCAAUUAAACUCAAUAUCUUCAUAUAUUAUAGCUGAGUCUUGCCUCCAAAAUAUUAGAAAAUCUAACUUUUUAAAAAAAAAUGAUAGAAUUUAAAUUAUCAUCUUUAAUUAAGAGCUUGAUGUUUUAUUGCCCUACACAAGGAUAAUUAGUGAUAAUUAUUGGUAAAUAAUUAUGCGUUCAAUAAAGAAAAUUGGACUAAAUACAAUUUAAAGAUAAAAGUUUAGCUUAAAAAGAUUAGAUUGGAUCUAAGCAAUAAACCAAACUUUAGAUCAUAUUUACGAACUCAAAGAAUUAGAUUUAGUUAAACUAAAUCAAAUUUAUAAAUUAAAUAAAAAACCAAUCAUCCUUCACUUAAAAGACUACCAAUCAAUUAUUGAUCGUAAUUAAUAACAAUAACUAUAAUCAAAUUUUAUUGAAUAUGAGGCAUUCUAUGAAGAAAAUAAGUUAAUCACAAAAUUAAAAAAGCUUAGAGACUAAGAAAUUCUCAAUCCAGAAUAUGAAUUUAUGGUCAUCUUAAAUAAUUAUUGA